AAAAAAAAAAAAAUUAUUUUAACGUUUUUUCCUUUGUUCUAUAAUUUUGUAUCUUUACGAACAAUUUUUUUUUUACGCUCGGUUAACCAUUCUUUUUCACGAAAAAAAGUUGUUGAAUAUAUAAUAUAUUCAACGACAAAUUUUGUUAAAUUCAUCAAACUGCCUUCAAUAAUAACAACGACUUGUUCUUCCGUGGCUAUUCCUGCCACCAAAACAAAAUCAACCACCACAAUUUGUCAUAAAAGAAGUUGUUCAAUGCAAAUUCAAUCAACAAACAUGAUUCCCGAUGAUAAUUUAAGUGGUAUUAUACCGGGUCUUCAAUAUGCUCCAAAAAUUUGUGUUGAUUAUCUCUCUCAUGAAUGGACUCAAGAAGAUGAUAUUUGGACUUCUUGGAAAGUAAUGUCAAAACAAAAAAAGGAACUUUCAAAUGGAAUGCGACUUGAAAAUGCUUCUUGGAGAACCUGGGCAAAACAAAAAUAUAACCUUAAAACCGUUAACCCUAAAAAAUUAAAUUGGUUAAAAGACAGCGAUGUGACUUGGCUAUAUGGGCCUUUACAUACGGCUUGGACAAGUAAUAGUGAAACUUCACCUAAAUUACAAACUACUGAGGAUAAAUUAAAUCUCUUGGCAUCAACAACAUCUACAAAAUCAUGUUUAAAGAAAAAAUCAAUAUCAGAAAUACUGCGCCCCAAAGGAAGAUAUGGUCCUUUAGUAUCAAGUAAUUCCGAUACUCAAUUAUAUAGAAGGGACAAAGAAAAGGAUCGGGAUAAUGAUUCAGAUGCAAGUGAUUGUGAAACCGCCUCAACUUGUUCUUCAAUAUCCGGGCCAACAACCCCAACGACAGGUCCAACAAAAUUACCCGUUGAAAGAAUUAACCGAAAAAUUCAAUUCAACGAUCGUGUUGAACAAUGUAUUGCCGUCGAAAGUGAUGACGAUGUUGAUGAAUUAAAUGAUUCAGAUAGUAGUAGUGAUGAUGGAAUAUUGAUGAAAAAUUCUCCUCCAAAAAAGAAAAAUAGAGAUUUAUCAACAAUAUGUAAAUUGGCUCCAACAAAAUUAAAAGAGGAUCGUAUUCAUAACAAUGAAUAUUCUUCAUUAUAUUCAAGUUCAAGACGUCGAGCAAAUUCUUCAAAUUCAUCAUCAUCUUCGAGUACUGUACCAUCAACAUCAACAUCAUCAACAUCAACAACAACAACAACAACAACAUCAACAUCAACAUCAACAACAUCAUCAUCUUCACAAGAUCAGUCUUGGAUGUAUGAUGACGACGAUGAUUUAGAUAUAGAUCUAAUCGAUUUCGAUAUUCCUACAUAUCAUCAUGCUGAAGCCAUAAUACCACCGCCAAAUAAUUUCAAUGAAGAUGACGAAGAAGACAAAGAUGAUAUUGUAGAUAAGGCUGUUAAUAUUGCCAAUGGUGUCCGAGAAAUCAUGCAUUGGUGUUCUGAUAUGGUUCUCAAAGGACGAAUUUUUUAAUGAAGAAUUGAUAGGAUACAAAGGGUGAUCAAAAAAAAAACCGGAAUGAAAUUUUAAGCCCUUUCAAUCUCUUCAUUUUAAAUUGUUUAUAUUUUUCAUCCCGUGACCUUUUUUUAAGAUAACCUUUUUUAAGAUUUCAUGAUUUUAAAUAUACAUUUAAUUAAUUAUAUUAAAAAAAUUUUACGAUUUUAAAACCAUGGACAAUGAAAAAAUUUACAGUAGGAUUAUAUUAUCACAAAAAAAAGAAAUAAUUAUAAUUAUAAAAUCAUGCUUUAAAAAAAAAAAUUAUUGUUUUAUUAAUUUCAAAAAAAAAAAAAAAGAUUUAGAAUUUGUUAUAAAAAUAUACACAUUAUGUUUUUUUUUACCACAUGAGAAAAAAAAUACAAAUCAAUUACAAGAUUAAAAAAAAAUGUAAAUAAUAUCUAGGUCUAGACUU